GGCUCAUCUCGCCUGGCCGCCACGUCGGUCGCACGCGUCACCGCCGCCGCCGCGCCGCCGCCGCCCGCCACUCGCGAAAACUAACAUUCCCAAAUAACACAAAAUGACACACAAAAGAACCAACUACUUACACAUUAAUUGAUGUCAUUGUAAUUAAAACAAUAUACUUAAUUCAAACAAUUUCCAGUGUUCAAAAGUUAGACUUAACUUUAAGUCUAGAUUUUAGUGUUUUAGUGGACAGUGUUGUAUUGUUAUAAGUGGUUUUUGUGAAAAUUUUGUAAUAUUGAAGGUGCUGCAAAGACAGUUAAAACGUUUCCGGCAAAGGAAUUAUGUGGUUGCAGACAACUAAAAUAUACCAUAUUACUGUUAAAUUGCUCGAAGGUGUUCCGUACAAGACAUCUUUCCGGUAGUACACCGACGCUGCAACCAUGGAGGAGAAUCGCCAAAGGUUCACAGUAUCAAGCGUGGACGGCGAGGCCAAGAAGAAUGGUAUUCAUAUGGGAGCGAGUAUUAUUUCGCGGCCGCUGCGCUCUUCUGCGGAGACGGUGGAGCGAGGAGUAGUUAGCAAUAACCAGCAGGCUGAUACGUGGCUGCAUGACGCGGGCUGGAGGCGCAAGCGGUCCCUGGCCCAGCUGACCAGGGAAGCCCUGCCACGGAUGGAGAACUACAGAAACUCCAAGCGAGCAUUGAAAAGGCCAAGUCUCGGAGAACUACACGGUGAUCAUUUGAUCACUGAGGAGACGAAUGACGAGAAAGAACAUCAAAGGGAUACAAAGUCACCGACACCCGCCGGAGGAAUUAAAUUAGGAUGGAUUCAGGGGGUGCUGAUACCAUGCCUGCUAAACAUCUGGGGCGUGAUGCUGUUCCUGCGAAUAUCGUGGGUGGUGUCUCAAGCCGGGGUCGGGCUGUCCCUGGUCAUCAUCGCCAUAUCCGCCAUCGUUUGCGUCAUCACUACUCUGUCUAUGAGCGCCAUCUGCACCAAUGGGGAGGUCAAAGGAGGUGGCAUAUACUACAUAAUAUCAAGAUCUCUGGGCCCCGAGUUCGGCGCAUCAGUCGGUAUAAUCUUCGCAUUCGCCAAUGCCGUAGCAGCUAGUAUGAACACUAUUGGAUUCUGCGAAUCCCUCAACGACCUGCUCAAGUCCACCGGUGGAGGUAUCGUGGACAACGGGGUCAAUGACAUCAGGAUAGUGGGGCCUGUUGCUCUGCUCAUCAUGUGCGUCAUAUGCGCUGUCGGGAUGGACUGGGAGAGUAAAGCGCAGAAUUUCCUGAUCGCCAUUAUAGUGGGAGCUAUGGUGGACUUCGUGGUCGGAACCAUCAUGGGACCGAAAGACGUUGGGGAAAUUGCUAAAGGAUUCGUGGGUCUGAGCUCGACAACUCUCGCGUCGAACUUCAAGCCGGACUUCAGGUUCAGCGAGAACGUGAACCAGGACUUCUUCAGCGUGUUCGCCAUCUUCUUCCCAUCCGUCACCGGCAUCCAGGCCGGCGCUAACAUCUCCGGAGACCUCAAGGACCCAGCAUCAGCGAUCCCGAAAGGCACGCUGCUAGCCCUCCUGAUCUCCAUGGUGAGCUACGCCCUGAUGGUGCUCUUGUCCGGCGCCGCAGCCCUGCGGGACGCGUCGGGGAACAUCACCGACCUGAUCAUCACCAACGGCUCCGUCAACUACGACUAUAUUGCUGCCAGUUGCACCAACGGUACUCAAAUCAACUGCGAGUACGGGCUGCAUACCAGCUACUCUGUAAUGCAGCUGAUGUCAGCGUGGGGUCCGUUCAUCUACGGCGGGUGCUGGGCGGCCACGCUAUCGACAGCUCUCACUAACCUGCUAUCAGUACCUCGCCUCAUCCAAGCACUCGGCGUGGACCGCAUCUACCCUGGCCUCAUCUUCUUCUCCAAGCCCUACGGCCGCCAUGGAGAACCUUACAGAGGAUACGUUCUUACCUUCUUCGUCUCGCUCAUGUUUCUGCUUAUUGCGGACCUGAACACGAUCGCGCCGCUGAUAUCCAACUUCUACCUGGCGUCGUACGCGCUCAUCAACUUCUGCACAUUCCACGCCGCGCUCGUCAGACCGCUGGGCUGGCGGCCCACCUUCCGGUACUACAACGUGUGGUUGUCUCUGGCCGGGUUCCUGAUGUGCGUGGCCAUCAUGCUGCUCAUCAGCUGGGUCAUGUCCCUUGUCACCUUCGCCAUCUUCUUCACGCUCUACCUCAUCGUGCACUACAGGAAACCUGAUGUGAACUGGGGUAGCAGCACACAGGCCCAGAUGUACAAGACGGCGCUCUCCAGUGCUCACAACCUAGCCCGCACGGGCGAACACGUGAAGAACUACUGGCCACAGCUGCUGGUACUGACAGGAAGACCACAGGCUCGCCCGGCGCUGGUCGACCUGGGGAACCUCAUCACUAAAGCUGGUUCUCUUAUGAUGGUUGGGGAUAUCUCGCCGACGAAGCUUUCCUACAAGGAGCGAGCAUCCCGAGCGCGCGCUUGCGACGAGUGGCUGCGCGAGCGGAAGGUGAGGGCGUUCUACUCGAGCGUGUCGGGGUUUAACUUCGAGCUCGGCGCGCGCGCACUGGUGCAGGCCAGCGGCGUGGGCAGGCUCGCGCCCAACGUGCUGCUCAUGGGGUACAAGGCUGACUGGACCACCGCGCCGCCCAACGAUCUCGUCUCUUACUUCAAUGUUUUGCACGCGGCAUUCGAGAACCGUCUAGCAGUAGCUAUACUGCGCGUAUCAGGGGGUCUGGACUACAGCCUGGUGGUGUCAGAGGAGGGCGUAGUGUCAGGACUGACUGCAACGUCCAGUGGGAGUGGGGACCUCCGAGUCAGGUCCCCGCAUAUCAUGCACGCGGACUCGGACCUUGAUAUCAGGUCACCUGACUCGCAAGUUGCCAGUAGACACAAUCUUACCAAUUUGAUCGGCCUAACGACGUCGCGCUCGUUCACGAUAUCGGAGUGCAACAGCAAGGAGAAGAAGAAGGAGAAGAAGCCGCUGGAUAUCGCGCGCCAGAUCGUCUACAAGACCUCUACCGGCAUCGAGCUCUCCAAGGACCAGCUCUCACAGAUGACUAUCUUCCAGAGGAACCAGGAGGCAGGCACAAUAGACGUGUGGUGGCUGUACGACGACGGCGGGCUGACGAUCCUGAUGCCGUACAUCAUCUCGCAGAGGUCGGCGUGGGCAAAGUGCAAGCUCAGGAUCUUCGCGCUCGCCAACCGGCGGCAUGAGAUGGAGCUUGAGGAGAGGAACAUGGCCAACCUGUUGGGCAAGUUCCGGAUCGACUACUCGUCGCUGACGAUGGUUCAGGACAUCACGGAGGCGCCGCAAGACGACACCAAGAAACUCUUCGAGGACCUCACCAAGAAGUUCACUGACGAGAACGCUAAUGAAGAAUGCCGCAUCAAUGAAACUGAGAUGCUGACACUGGCAGGCAAGACGAACAGACAGCUGCGUCUACGCGAGUUGUUACUAGAAAACUCCAAGGACGCGAGGCUUGUUGUCAUGUCGCUGCCCAUGCCGAGAAAGGGGUCGGUGUCCGCGCCGCUGUACAUGGCCUGGCUGGAGGUGCUGAGUCGAGACCUGCCGCCCGUGCUCUUCGUCCGGGGAAACCAAACCUCUGUACUCACCUUCUACUCCUAAACUACGCGAGCCACGUUCCGAUGGACCUUGUAGGAUAAUUAUGAACGAAUGUUACUUUUUUUAAGACCCGGUUUUCUAUUGGGCCUUACGACCAAAUUAUCAUUUUAUAAGGGCAUCUGCAAUAAAUUAUUUGUUUCACAUAAACUAUGGUCUGGCACCAGAUAACCGUGUGGCUCUAUGGGCAACUGUUUCGACAAUGCACAAAUAAUGUUUUUAAAUAUAAUUUGUACUAAGUAUGUACAACGUUUAAAAGAAAACUCGGAAAGUACUUAUAAUACCUGUGCAGCAAUUUUUAUUUAUUUAUGUAAAUCAAUAAUAAUAAAAGUCGAUCAAACUUAAUUUCACAAAGAACCAAAGUACAGUUUUAGCAUAAUUUAUAAUUUAUUAAGAUAAGUUAGACUUAUAAGUAACAAAGUUGCGUAGAAUAAGUUAGCUAAUUAUUUAAUAAUAUUAAAAGCUCUCAAUUUUAAGGACUAAUAAUGAGUGUCACACGAAACAAGUUUUUUUAAUUAUUUUUAAACAAAAGUAUAUACUUUUUAAACAGUUUCCCUGUUAUUUUAAAUAGUGACUAAAUGUAACAAAUUCGUAAGUAUAUCUAAUUAAAAAUAUUCAACGAAAGUAUUAUUGGUUAUUCUAUGCUCCAAUUGUAUGACAGUAGUGCACAACCAUUUUUUAUAAUAAAACGUGAUAUUAUUUUUGAUACGUUAUUAAUUUAUAUGCCUCCGAUAGACAUUAAGAUUUAUUGUAAGAAUUAAUAAUAUACGCAAUUAUAAGCUGUUUUGAAACGAUUUUGUAAUUGUAAGCAAUCUAGACGAAUGAAAAGUUAUUUUUCUGAAUAAAAUAAUUGUUCUUUA